UCGUAACUGUUGGGAGGUACUAAAUACUCUUUUUUUUCUCAGUCCACUCUCUCAUAAAUUUGUCACUCUCCUCCUUCCCCUCUUUUCUCCUGUGUUCCAUUAGGGUUUUGUUCUUGAUUUUGGUGCUUCAUCUGCCUCUUUUGAGCAGAAGAUAGGAUCCUGAUAUGGCUGAAGAAGAAACGAAUGGAGCAGCAGCAGAGGGUCUGCCACCUCCUCCCCCUGUUCCACCAGAUUUCACUCCUGCUAAAACAGAGCUCGAGCCUGUGAAGAAAAAGAUCUUGCGCAUUCCCAUGGCCAGACGUGGUGUUGGAAACAAGGGACAGAAGAUCCAAAUUCUUACUAAUCACUUUAAAGUGAAUGUGACCAAUGUGGAUGGGCACUUCUUUCACUACAGUGUUGCCUUAUUCUAUGAAGAUGGUCGACCAGUCGAUGGGAAGGGAGUUGGAAGGAAGGUCUUAGACAGAGUGCACGAAACUUAUGAUACAGAAUUAGCUGGAAAGGAAUUUGCAUAUGAUGGUGAAAAAAGCUUGUUUACCAUUGGAGCACUCCCUAGGAAUAAAAUGGAGUUCACUGUUGUCCUCGAUGACGUGACAUCAAAUAGGAACAAUGGUAAUAGCAGCCCUGGUGGACAUGGAAGUCCUAAUGAAGCUGACAGGAAGAGGUUACGUCGUCCUUAUCAGUCAAAAACUUUCAAGGUGGAGAUCAGUUUUGCUGCCAAAAUCCCUAUGCAGGCGAUUGCAAAUGCUCUGCGUGGUCAAGAGUCGGAGAACUCUCAAGAAGCCUUGCGAGUCUUGGAUAUAAUUCUGAGGCAGCAUGCUGCAAAGCAGGGUUGCCUGCUUGUUCGACAAUCCUUUUUCCACAAUGAUCCGAAGAACUUUGUUGAUGUCGGUGGUGGUGUUCUUGGUUGUCGAGGAUUCCAUUCCAGCUUCCGUACUACCCAGAGUGGCUUGUCUUUGAACAUUGAUGUGUCUACAACAAUGAUUAUCCAGCCUGGGCCUAUCGUGGACUUCUUGAUUGCAAAUCAAAAUGCGAAGGAUCCUUUUUCACUGGAUUGGGCAAAGGCAAAGCGUGUACUCAAGAAUUUGAGGGUGAAGACGAGCCCCACUAAUCAAGAGUACAAGAUUACUGGAUUGAGUGACCGACCUUGUCGUGAACAACUAUUUACCCUGAAGCAGAAAGGAAAAGAUGCAGAUGGUGAGGUCCAAACAACUGAAGUUACUGUGUUUGAUUACUUUGUCAACCACCGCAACAUAGAGUUGCGUUAUUCUGCUGAUUUACCCUGCAUAAAUGUUGGGAAACCAAAACGUCCCACCUAUUUCCCGAUUGAGCUUUGUUCUUUGGUGUCGUUGCAAAGAUACACAAAAUCCUUGUCCACAUUCCAGAGGUCUUCACUAGUGGAGAAAUCAAGGCAAAAGCCUCAGGAGAGGAUGCAAGUCUUAAGCAAUGCUCUCAAAAUCAACCAAUAUGAUGCUGAGCCCCUUCUUCGUUCCUGUGGAAUAUCGAUUAGCAAUAACUUCACUCAGAUUGAAGGACGUGUUCUUCCCCCCCCAAAGCUGAAGACAGGUGGUGAUGACUUUGUCCCUCGUAAUGGCAGAUGGAAUUUCAAUAAUAAGAGACUAGUUGAUCCCACGAAGAUAGAACGCUGGGCCGUUGUCAAUUUUUCUGCACGCUGCAACAUACAAGGACUAGUCAGUGAUCUGAUCAAAUGUGGAAAACAGAAAGGAAUUAUGGUGGAAGACCCAUUUGAUGUUUUUGAGGAAUCUCCACAAGUCAGGAGGGCUCCCCCACUCGUUAGAGUCGAGAAGAUGUUUGAGCAGGUCCAAUCCAAGCUUCCCGGGGCACCUAAAUUCCUGCUAUGUCUGCUUCCUGAGAGGAAAAACUGUGACGUUUACGGACCAUGGAAGCGAAAGAAUCUUGCUGAGUAUGGUAUUGUUACCCAGUGUAUAGCUCCAACAAGAGUCAAUGAUCAAUAUAUCACCAAUGUGCUCCUGAAGAUAAAUGCAAAGCUUGGAGGUUUAAAUUCUAUGUUAACUGUUGAACAUUCUCCUGCAAUCCCUAUGGUAUCUAAGGUUCCUACCAUUAUUAUUGGGAUGGAUGUGUCCCAUGGCUCUCCUGGCCAAUCUGAUGUCCCAUCAAUUGCAGCGGUUGUCAGCUCAAGGCAGUGGCCUUCGAUAUCUCGCUACAGAGCUUCAGUUCGUACUCAGUCUCCUAAGGUGGAGAUGAUAGACAACUUGUUUAAACGUGCUUCUGAUACUGAAGAUGAGGGAAUAAUGAGGGAGGCUUUGCUAGAUUUUUAUGUGAGCUCUGGAAAAAGGAAGCCCGAGCAUAUAAUAAUAUUCAGGGAUGGUGUCAGUGAAUCUCAGUUUAGUCAAGUUCUGAAUGUUGAGCUGGAUCAGAUUAUUGAGGCUUGUAAAUUUCUUGAUGAGAAGUGGUCACCCAAGUUUGUGGUGAUAGUUGCCCAGAAGAAUCACCAUACCAAGUUUUUCCAGCCUAAUGAUCCUAACAAUGUUCCUCCAGGCACAAUCAUAGACAACAAAGUCUGUCACCCAAGGAAUUAUGACUUCUACUUGUGUGCUCAUGCUGGAAUGAUUGGUACAACUCGUCCUACUCACUAUCAUGUCUUGUAUGAUGAGCUGGGUUUCUCUGCUGAUGAUCUUCAAGAGCUUGUUCAUAAUCUCUCUUAUGUGUACCAGAGGAGCACCACUGCAAUAUCUGUUGUUGCUCCCAUCUGUUAUGCCCAUCUUGCUGCUACUCAAAUGGGACAGUGGAUGAAGUUUGAAGAUGCAUCAGAGACUUCCUCAAGCCAUAAUGGAGUAACCAAUGCUGGACCAGUUUCCGUUCCUCAGCUUCCAAAGCUCGAGGAGAAAGUUUCCAGUUCUAUGUUCUUUUGCUAAGGCGUGUUUAGCCUAACUUCCUGCUUUCUUUUUAAUGUGUGGUUUGUGAAUAGUUUCUGGUUCAAAACUCUUUUGAGAAGACAGUAGUUGAAUAUUUUGUCUAGACUUCUAGCUAAGUGAAUCACUCUGCUGAAGAUUUUACAUCUUUUGGCUUUGUGGUUUGCUCUUUUUAACUUAUCUCGGAUCAUGUACUUAUGUUUUGGUUCUGCUUCUAAGUUAUGGACAUGACUAGUAGUUCUUAUU